UUAUGUAUAUAUAUAAAAUCAUUUUCAAAUUUACAUUUGUGAGAUCAAAAUUCCCGUAUUGGAAUUUCAGCUUUUUAUCCGACUGCUCAUGGCUUCUUUGAACCUUUCUGCCCUUUCAACUGCAUCACUUUCUCGACCUGGGUCAUCCAAAAGCUUCCAAUCCUUUAAUGGAUUACACAGAACAAAUAUAUUAUUUGCAAAUGGCUACACAUCUGAUUCGGCCUUCGUACGGUUGGGUCAUAGAUCGUCGUUUGUUAUUAAAAGUGAUGGAAAAACUACAGAUGCACUUCUAUCCGGAGAAGGCAACUUCCGGUCGAAUUCCGACGGAAAUGCUGUUUCUAAAAAUGGUAAUCUCUUUAGUGAUAAAUCAGUUGAGAUUGGUGCACGACAAGAUGCUAUAAUAUUUAGAAAUGUUGCUGCAGAUGCCAAAUCUGUAAGUAAUGGUUUUCCCAUUGAUGAUGAUGAGUUUGAUUCGGACCGCCCGACUGAAGGUUUUGCUUCCAUCCCUGAGGCAGUCGAAGACAUUCGCCAAGGCAAGAUGGUAGUAGUUGUAGACGAUGAGGACAGAGAAAACGAAGGAGAUCUUAUAAUGGCGGCACAGUUGGUGACACCUGAAUCUAUGGCCUUUAUUGUGAAGCAUGGAACUGGGAUCGUUUGUGUGAGCAUGAAAGAGGAGGAUCUGGAGAGGUUGAAUCUUCCUUUGAUGGUGAACCAAAGGGAAAAUGAAGAGAAACUCCGUACUGCAUUCACGGUUACAGUGGAUGCAAAACAUGGCACUACAACUGGUGUGUCUGCACAUGAUAGGGCAACGACAAUAUUGUCCCUUGCUUCAAAAGAUUCCAAACCUGAGGAUUUCAACCGCCCGGGUCAUAUUUUCCCGCUGAAGUACAGGGAAGGUGGUGUUCUGAAAAGAGCUGGGCAUACUGAAGCUUCAGUUGAUCUUGCAAUGCUAGCUGGACUGGACCCUGUUGCGGUUCUCUGUGAGGUAGUAGAUGAUGAUGGAUCCAUGGCUAGAUUACCAAAGCUUCGUGAAUUUUCUGAGCAGGAGAACUUGAAAAUUAUAUCCAUUGCUGAUUUAAUUAGGUAUCGGAGAAAGAGGGAUAAAUUAGUUGAACAUGCCGGUGCUGCAUUGAUACCUACAAUGUGGGGGCCCUUCAAUGCCUAUUGUUACAGGUCACUAUUAGAUGGGAUUGAGCAUAUCGCAAUGGUGAAGGGUGAGAUUGGAGAUGGACAGGAUAUUCUUGUGAGGGUUCACUCGGAAUGCCUAACAGGAGACAUAUUUGGAUCUGCUAGAUGCGACUGCGGGAAUCAGCUUAGCCUUGCAAUGAAACAAAUUGAGGCUGCUGGCAGGGGUGUUUUGGUAUACCUCCGUGGACAUGAAGGCAGGGGAAUCGGUUUAGGCCACAAGCUUCGUGCCUAUAAUCUGCAGGAUGCUGGUCGUGAUACAGUAGAAGCAAAUGUUGAGCUCGGGUUGCCUGUUGAUUCAAGAGAAUAUGGCAUUGGCGCACAGAUACUUAGGGAUCUUGGUGUGAGAACGAUGAAGCUGAUGACGAACAAUCCCGCCAAAUACAAAGGACUCAAGGGUUAUGGAUUAGCGAUUGCAGGCAGGGUUCCACUACUAACACCUAUUACAAAGGAGAACAAGCGAUACUUGGCGACGAAACGAGCUAAAAUGGGCCAUGUAUAUGACUUUACUAGUAGUAUGAACAGUGUCAUCAUUGGCGGCAAUGGUAACACGGCUGCAGCAAUGGACGCUGCAUCAGAAUCUUAGGAUCGCGCUGCUUCCAGCUUGCUUUUGAUGGUGGUAACUUUUCGAGAUAAUCCCCUCGUUUGAACUUACAUGAUAAUAGUAUGAAGAGAACAUGAUGUAUGAAAUUGGUCAGAAACACAAGUGACCUAUGCUUAAAUUUAAUGUUUAACUUUAAUCAG